AUGAGGCUGUUCCGCCGCCGCUACAGCCCCUUGAAGGUGGCCUUGGCGGGCGCCGUCUUCGUCCUCUUCCUCUUCAUCCUCCAGAAGGACGCGGGGAGCAAGGACCCGGGCGAGGAGCCGUGGCUGCGGAACAUCGUGCAGGGCAAGGGCCAGAUGCUGGACCUGAUGCUGGGCGCCGUGCGGGACCUGCGGGACUCGAUGCCGCGGCUGCAGAUCGGGGCCCCGGAGCCGCCGCCGGAGCCGCUGCCCAGCGCCCGCUCCUGCCUGCCCGGUGUCUACACCGCGGCCGAGCUGCGGCCGCUGAUGGAAAGACCCCCCCAGGACCCCGCCAGCCCCGGGGCCGACGGAAAAGCCUUCAAGAAGGAUCACUGGACGCCCGAGGAGACGAAGGAGAAGGAGCGGGGCUAUGAGAAGCAUUGCUUCAAUGCCUUCGCCAGCGACCGCAUCUCCCUGCAGCGGGCGCUGGGCCCCGACAGCCGCCCCCCCGAGUGCAUCGACCAGAAGUUCAAACGCUGCCCUCCCCUCCCCACCACCAGCGUGAUCAUCGUGUUCCACAACGAGGCUUGGUCCACCCUGCUCCGGACAGUCUACAGCGUCCUGCACUCGUCCCCAGCUCGGCUGCUCCGAGAGGUCAUCCUGGUGGAUGAUGCCAGCACGGACGAGUACCUAAAGGAGGAGCUGGAUCGCUACGUGGAGCAGCUGCAGAUCGUGCGCGUGGUGAGGCAGCGGGAACGCAAGGGGCUCAUCACGGCACGGCUGCUGGGGGCCAGCGUGGCCAGCGGGGAGGUGCUGACCUUCCUGGAUGCCCACUGCGAGUGUUUCCAUGGGUGGCUGGAGCCACUCCUGUCCCGCAUCGCCGAGGAGCCCACGGCCGUCGUGAGCCCCGACAUCGCCACCAUUGACCUCAACACCUUCGAGUUCUCCAAGCCCGUGCAGAACGGAAAGCAGCACAGCCGGGGCAAUUUCGACUGGAGCCUGACUUUCGGCUGGGAGGUCAUUCCCGCACGGGAGAGGCAGCGCAGGAAGGAUGAGACCUUCCCCAUCAAAUCCCCGACCUUUGCAGGUGGCCUCUUUGCCAUCUCCAGGUCCUACUUCGAGCACAUCGGCUCCUAUGACGACCAGAUGGAGAUUUGGGGGGGUGAGAACGUGGAAAUGUCCUUCAGGGUGUGGCAGUGCGGGGGACAGGUCGAGAUCAUCCCCUGCUCCGUCGUGGGCCACGUGUUUCGCUCCAAGAGCCCCCACACCUUCCCCAAGGGCACCCAGGUGAUCUCCCGAAACCAGGUGCGCCUGGCCGAGGUCUGGAUGGAUGACUACAAGGAGAUUUUCUACCGCCGGAACCAACAAGCCUCGCAGAUGGCCAGAGAGAAGACGUUUGGUGACAUCACCGAGCGGCGCAGGCUGCGGGAGCGGCUGCACUGCAGGAACUUCACCUGGUACCUGCAGAACGUCUACCCCGAGAUGUUCGUGCCUGACCUGACCCCCAUGUUCUACGGAGCGAUAAGAAAUGAGGGCACCAAGAGCUGCCUGGACGUCGGGGAGAACAACCACGGUGGGAAACCUCUCAUCAUGUACCCCUGCCACGGGCUGGGGGGCAACCAGUACUUUGAGUACACGAGCCAGCGGGAGCUGCGCCACAACAUCGGCAAGGAGCUGUGCCUGCGAGCGGGCGCGGGCGCGGGCGCGGCCGAGCUGGGCGAGUGCCAGUUCCGAGGGAAGCCCGGCCGGGUGCCCGCCAGCGAGGAGUGGGACAUGACACAGAACCGGCUGAUCAAGAAUUUGGCCUCGGGGAUGUGUCUGACGGCCCGGGGGAAGCACCCGGCGCUGGUUCCCUGCGACCUCACGGACCCGCACCAGCUCUGGUCUUUCACCUAA